UCACUUUAUCAAACAAGUUUAUUUUCAAGUCCAAAAUGGGAAACUGCUUCUUAGGGGCCAUGGCAGAUCCUGAUGCAGCAGCAAUCAAAGUAACAACAUCAAACGGUGGAAUCAUGGAGUUCAAUGCUCCUGUCACAGUUUCUUCCAUCACAAGUGAGUUCCCGGGACACGCCAUGUUCAGAAGCCAUGAUCUCUUCUGGAAGCCACUGAGCCAAUUUGAUGAACUGGAGGCAGGUAAGUCUUACUAUUUGCUCCCCCUCAACAACAACAACAUAGAAAUUACCUCAUCUGAUGUUGUGAGACAAGGCCACGUUCGAUCUCACAGCGUUCCCACAACCUCACACCCUGCCCCAUAUAGAAUGUCCUUGGACUACCAGCACCACCAACAAGGAAUGGGGUUGCUCAAGAACAGUGUUGCUAAUAAUAAUAGCAGCUGCAAGACUAGUAGCAGUAGUAGAUUUUGGAAAGUGAAGCUGGUGAUUUCUCCAGAACAGUUGGUGGACAUUUUGGCACAAGAGGCUCGCACCAAGGAGUUGAUGGAGAGUGUCAGGAUUGUAGCAAAAUGUGGAAUUGGUUCUGCUUCAUCAGACAUGGUUUCUGAUCAGUGGAGUACUCUUUCCAGCACCAGUUGGAGCAUGUCCUCUAAGAUUGAUGCAUUUGAUGCAGGAAUCUAGUACUGAUACUGAUUAACAAGUAAUUUACAGUCAUGCACAUUUGUGCCUUUUUUCUGUCACUUAUUCCCCUUUUGUUACUUUCCUUCAGUGCUAAUUUUGUGUCUGCAUCAUCUUACAUAUAUAUAUAUUUUGUUUCUUAACUAAAAUUCAAUGUAGAGAUUUAUCCUUUGUUACAUUGAUCACAUUGCAGAAUUUUCUGUGCAUUUGUUGUAUACUAGCUGUACUGCAGUAGUGCCACGUUCAAAGCACUUGCUUAUGUAUAAACAGUCGAAAAUCAUGGUCAGGCCAAAAUCAUGGUAAACAAUCAUAAAAGUUAAGGGAAAUUGUUGCAGCCCACUUUACUAUUGUUUUCACCGUGUAUCCAAAUAUUCACUAUGUCUUUCUUGUUUUUUUAUUCUGUUUUAGAAGAGUACUGAAUCAAUUUGCUACAAAAAUAAAAAGUUUUUCCAACAAACAUCUUGAAAUAAAUAUAUCAGAUCUCAGCUUAACCAAAUAAAUAGUUCAACAAAGUACAAAAGUGUUGGCAAUCAGCAAAUAUCCCAU